AUGGCGAAGAAUGCCGAGAAGAACAACGAGAAGCUUUUCCCCAUAUUCCGCAAGAACCUGGCCGAGGGUGGGAUUGGCGCCUACACGGCGACAGCGGAGAAGCUUGCGCUGUGGCUGAGCAAAGACAAGGCGUAUUAUCCGCAGGCGAGACCAAUUAUUGUGGACCUUCUCGAGGCUGCGUAUUCAGCGGUACGUCGAAAGAAUGAAAAGGGCCUAAUGUCAUACCACGUGUCGAAGGCACCGGACUUGUAUGUUGCACCGUUCAUGAAGAUGGUUCGCACAAUGUCGCCGUUCUACGCGUUCUUCUCGGAGGAGAAACUACAAGCUCGCCUGCGGCCGCUUCUGCUGUGUGCCGGGUUAAACCCAGAUGAGCUUGUCUCAAGGAGCCGGACUGCAAGUGGCUCGAGUGUCAUACCCGUGGAUGCUUCCCUGACGCCUGCACCGGCAGACAAGACCACUCCUGUACGCGUCUCUCCGACUAAUGUUCAGAUGGACAUUUUUUCUGUACCGACGAAUGUCUCUCCUGUCCCUGUCGAUGCUUCCCCUGCACCGGCGAACGUCCCUCCGGCUUUUGCAUCUGUGCAUGGCACUUUGACUCCUACUCCGGUGAACGCGACCCUCAAAAUCAAGCCGAAAUUGAGGAAACGGUUCGCGCUCAACUACCUCCAGGCCGAUUUGGAGGAAUACGACGAGCACCGGAUGGACUCGAGCUGCGCUUCAUCGAGUCGGGAGCAGGUUGGUAAAGCUACACCCGAGCCUGUAACGGAACCAGCCAAGCAGUCCGGUCGCUCUGCUUCUGCCACCACAACAUCACCAACUAGCGAGCGAGGUGGAGCGGCUGCCAUCAAUGAACCCAGGGAUGUGACCAUGGCAGAAAGGUGCAGUACUCCUACAGCUACGGUUUCGGUGGCCACUGCUUCUUCGCCCUUGGAGGCUGUACAGACGAAAUCUGCAUCUGCAGAGACUGUCGAUUCAGGCGGUCCGCAGGUGAAAUCCGACGUGCAGGUUUCACCCACUUGGCCCGCGAGUCCGGAGGUUCCAGUCACAUCUCCUGGAACCGCCACGGGUGUGUCGAAUGUGGGGACUUUGACCACUGCCAUGAUGAACACCAGCACGGAGAGCGACGGUCCCACACCCACACAAUCAAGUCCUGCGCGUGAAAUCCUCCAACCCUCGACUGCCCCCGCAACUGUCUCCCCUCGGCGGGCCUUCAGGAUGGGCAAGAAGCCACGGAGAGGGCCUCCUGGCUUCAAGACGCUCCCUGUGCUCGUGCAGAACCCGAAUGGCACGGUAACCGCCGUCGGGCACACCGGUCCUCCAGGCGCGAGUGCUAGCCCUAGUAAAUCACCCGUGGCCCCUGGCAGUCCAUCUGCUGAAGUGCAAGCGGCUGAUGGGUUGCCAGACAAGCAACGGAAGGGGAAGCAGCGUGCUUCGGAACCUCUGGGUACGCUACCACCACCUGGUCAUGCAGAACGGAACGAGCCAACGACUACAGAUACUGAAUCGCAUCGUCGUGCGCCAACGCUGUUGCUGCCAUUUGGAGGAGUUGGCACUUCGAGCCGAGUGGAACUCCCUGCCUUACUUGAAUCCGAAAUGGACAUCUCGCAGAGCGUUUCGGUUGAUCGGUCAAGACAUGUUUCCGAGCAACCCGUAAAGCACGCCGAGGUAACGGAGAACCCUCUUACCGUGAAAAGCUCGGACCCUAAUGUUGAAGCUACGCUUGAAUGGAACGAGCAGUCUAUGGAGAUGGAUGUGGCACCGAGCACUGUGCCAGAACCCACGGCGGAGACGCCGCAAGGCACUGCCGGAGCCGCUGGAGAAGAAUCGAUGACUUCUGCGGUUCUGGGACCAUCGGCAGGUGUUGCUUCGUCGGAUGAGAAGGCCAGUGUGGAUGGGUCCCAGACCCAGCCUGACGGUGUUGUAGGUGCAGCUGAGGAUAACUCUCCGCAGGUCCACCACAAAUCGGACGCGGACGAUAUUUCUCACAUGGGUGUUGAUGUGUAUCAUCGACCCGCCGAACCAUUUGCGGUCGCGAGAUCCCUAGAGACUGUCGCUAUCGCAGCGACGGACGGUGCCGCUGGCGAUGCAAGGGAUGUCACGGCGGAAGGCGCGCACGCCGACGCUCAGCCAGAUGAACAAGGUAGUAGUCCAUCUGACGAACAGGUGAUUUCUCGAAAUGGGACGGACAAAUCUACAUCGUCGAAGGCGGCGUCAACCGCCAAGAUACAAGCGGAGGCAUCGCCUGGUGUUGCUGGGAGCUCUGAACCUACCAUCAGAGAUAUCCCCACAGAGGGCAUGGAGUACAUCUCUGUCCCGGGGACGACGCCGAUCCUCCACGCGGGCCUCAACGGCACUCCAGCUCCCUACGUCCCUGGGGACGCUGUCGCGACUGCGCAUGUAGAGACGACUAAACAAGCAGGUGUACUCGCUAGGAGAAAGCGACCGCGGUCACCUUCCGCGUGUGCUUCUGACGUUGAGCGACCGCGACGGAAGUCAAGGACGAUAUCUCCAGUAAGAUCGGUGGCUGCAGAACCCAGCGCCCUUGGUGGGAACGAAUUAAGCGCUGACGCCACAUCCUAUUCGAUCGCCACCACUGCUAUGGACGUCGACCACAAAACAGUUACUAUUCCGGAUGAGCUUGCCUUAUCAAAUGGCGAUGUCGAGCCAGCGGAAGCCGUUCGCGAGGACGCGCAUGUUCAGGCUAUUGUGCCAUCUGGAAGACAGGACUCAGCUAUGUCUUUGGAGAAAAGGGAAGUAAGGCCCACUGCCAAGCCGGAGGAAUCAUCCUCAAUAUCCAUACCGCCAGCAAUCGCGAAGAUGAUGGACGAAGUACCCUCCCACUCUCCGGAGAACGCGGCACCUGUCUUCGACUCGACUUCUAACGUAAUCGUUUUGAACUGUUCCCGUGGGUCAUCACCGCGAAACCUCAAUCUCGAAUUUCAGAUUGAUGGUGAAGAAGCUGCUGAACUUUCCCGAUGGAAGGGGCGUUAUCAGACGAAAGACGAUGUUUCGACGACCAAGUGCUUGUCUCUAACUUGCUAUCAAUUCUCCGAGCAUCUAGCUCCAAUAGGAGGCGACUCAGUGCCGAAUUUUGAACAAAUGGUUGUUGGAGCAACGCCGUCUCUUUGGCCACGCGACGGUCGGCUUUGGGCCGAACUGGACAAUGGAGUGACACGAAAGUCACUACCCCUGUCGCCCCCAUUUAUGCUCAGGUCGGACUUUCUCAUUGAUCUCAGUGGAUUGGCGAAGCCGGGAAAGAACACGCUUUGCCUUCACCAGCUUGGCGACUACUCUGAUUAUGUCUUCGUACUCCAUCUGCACAGUCCCACUGCACACCAGCUUGCGGAGCUCAAGCAGCGCCGGGAUCGCGAUGAAGAAUGGUAUUCGUAUCUCCGCAGUUUCCGCAAUAUUCUUGAACUCCCUAGAUUUCGCUGGCCCGACGAAAUCUCUCCUACAACUACUUAG